AUGGGUGUUGAAAAAGCAAGGAGUGCUGUUUUUGGUGACUAUUCAUCGUCAUUUGACGAUCUUCGUUGGUAUGUUGAUGCCGCUAAUGAGGUUAAUCCGGGAAGUGUUUUUGAUAUGGAAUUUGUUAUUGAUAGUUUAUAUCUGUUAUGUUUUGCCAUUGUUGAUAGUGAAAGUUAUCACAAUUGGUAUUGGUUCUUGUCAAAGUUAUUGGUUAUUUUGACUGCGAGAAAGGAUAUUGCAUUUGUGACUGAUCAACAUGGAGGUUUACAGAAAGCUUUGGCUGACGUGCUUCCAUGUGCACAGGCUCCUACUAUUGAGUUGUUUAAUGAGCUAUUUAAAGAAUUUAAGGGCCGUUGUGGUCGUAGUGUUCAGAAAUUUCUUGAGGAUUUGCCUAAUGAGCGUUGGUGUAACGCUUAUUUUCAAGGCAAAAUGUAUAGUGAAAUGUGCACAAAUGUUACGGAAUCUUUUUAUUCAUGGAUUAGGAAUAAGCUCCAUUUGUUUUCAACUAAUCUUGCUGAUGUUGUACGUGUGAAACUAAUAGAGCAAUUUUCAAAUCAGAGAGAAGUUGGGAAUAAGUGGAAUCGUAUUGUUUGUUCUUUUGCAGAGAAAAAGUUAGAAAAAGCUUUUAAUGAUUCAAAGGCAUGGAUAGUUAAGAAAUAUAGCGAUGACAUUUAUGAAAUCCAAUUGGGUCAUUCAGUUAUGGUUGAUAUUAGAAAACGUUCUUGUUCUUGUCGAUUGUGGGAAAUUGAUUAUUUUCCUUGCAAACAUGGUUUUUGUGCUAUAAAGAGGAGUGUGAAGGAUCUGAAUUGUUUUCUUGAUGAUUACUACCAUGUUCGUAGUUAUUGUUAUUCGUAUUUGCAUUCUAUCUAUCCAGCUCCUAAUAUGUGGAAACCAAAUGUAGUUGUUAAUGAUGACGUUGUUUUACCUCCUCUUUGUAAGAGAUCAGUUGGACAUCUAAGAGCAGAGAGAAUAUCUUCUAAGGGUGAAAUCAAGAGAAUUAGGCGUAGUAGGUGUGGAAAGAUGGGAACUCAUAAUCGGAAGACAUGUAAACAAGCUUUGGUUUAG